AUGUAUUCAACGGGAGCUUCUUCAUCUAUAUCAUUCGCUCUGGGAGAUUUGAAUAAAGAUAACCGACUCGAUGUUAUUGUCGUUAGCAAUGAUACUGGUGCUAUCGAUAUCCUCUUCGGUUCUUACGAGGGUUUUUCAAAUCAAAUUACUUAUUCAACUGACUCUUUUCCAAGCUCUGUAGCCGUUGGCGAUUUCAACAGUGACAAUCAAUUAGAUAUUGUUGUCCCCAAUAUGGAUAGUGAAAAUAUUAAUAUCUUUCUUGGCUAUGGCAAUGGCUCUUUCGAAAAUUACACUACUUAUUCAACUGAAUCUCGACCAAGGUCUAUAGCUGUGGGUGAUUUUAACAAUGAUAACCGACUGGAUAUCAUUGUUGUCAACGAAAAUACCGAUGAUGUCAGUUUCUUUCUUGGAUAUGGUAAUGGUUCUUUUGCAAAACAAGAAAGGUAUUCAGUUGGCUAUAUGCCAGGUUCUGUAGCUAUUGCUGAUUUUAACAACGAUAAUCGACUGGAUAUCGUUGUUGCCAGUGGAGGCGGCGCUGAUGUGUGUGUCCUCCUGGGAUAUGGUAAUGGCUCGUUUGCAGAUCAGAUCAGGUACAACACUGGUAUUUAUCCACGAUCUGUAGCUGUUGGUGAUUUCAACAACGAUACACAUAGAGAUAUCGUUGUGGCCAAUGCCAAUACCAAGACUGCUAGUGUUCUUCUCGGAUAUGGCAAUGGUUCUUUUGCAGAUCAAAUCACAUAUUCAGCUGGUUCUGACCCAUGGUCUAUAGCUGUGGGUGAUUUUGAUAAUGACAAACGAUUGGAUAUCGUUAUUGGUAAUUCUUUUAGCAAUGAUAUUAGUAUCCUUCUUGGAUAUGGUAAUGGCUCGUUUGCAGAUCAGAUUAGAUAUUCAACUGGCACACAACCACAGUCUAUAGCUGUUGGUGAUUUUAACAACGAUACUCAAUUGGAUAUCGUUGUGGCUAAUAAUGGUAACAAUAAUGUUAGUGUCCUUCUUGGAAAUGGUGAUGGUUCCUUUGCAGAUCAAAUUACAUAUUCAACUGGCUCUGAACCAACCUCUGUAAGUGUUGGCGAUUUCAAUAAUGAUGCUCGAUUGGAUAUCGUUGUUGCCAAUUAUGGUAGUAAUAAUAUAGGGAUACUUCUUCAAUAUAACAGGGGUUUUCUUAAAAACGAAAUGACAUACGCACCUGGCGGAGGUUCUAAACUACGAUAUGUGGUUGUUGGUGAUAUGAACAACGACACUCUACUUGAUAUAAUCGUUGCUAACUAUGGUACUAACAACGUAGGCAUCUGUUUUGGAAAUGGAAAUGGCGCUUUCUCCAGACAAAUGAUGCUGAGUACUGGCUUAAACUCUCAUCCGUCUUCUAUUGCUAUCGGUGACUUUGAUGGUGACACUCAAUUGGAUAUAGCUGUUGCCAAUUAUGGUACUAAGACUGCAGAUAUUUUGGUUGCACAUGGGAACGGAACAUUUACAAAUCAAAUAGGUCCUGGAAUUCGUUUAGCUUCUGUUCCGUUUCUUAUUGCUUCUGGUGAUUUCAAUAAUGAUAAUCAGUUGGAAAUUGUUGUUGCCUACGAUGAUAGUAAUAAUCUGGAUAUUCUUGUACCAUUCAACACUGGAUCUUUUACAAAUCAAAUGGUAUAUUCAACUGGUUCAAGUCCAUGGUCUGUGACUGUUGGCGAUUUCAACAACGACAAUCGACUAGAUAUUGUUAUCGCUAACUCGGAUAGCAACAGUAUUAGUGUCCUUCUUGGAUUUGGUAAUGGUUCUUUUACUAAUCAAAUCACAUAUUCAACUGUUGUUUCGCCGCGAUCAGUUGCUGUAGCCGAUUUCAAUAGUGACAAUCGAUUGGAUAUUGUUGUCACUAAUUCAUAUGGCUAUGAUAUAGGUAUCCUUCUUGGAUAUGGCAAUGGCUCUUUUGCAAAUCAAAUCACGUUUUCAACUGGUUUUUGGCCACAAUCAGUAGCUGUUGCUGAUUUCAAUAACGACAACCAACAGGAUAUCGUUGUCACUCAUUUCAACAUGAAUUCUGUCGGUGUCAUUGUUGAAGAUGGUAAUGAUGUAAGUGUCCUUCUUGGAAAUGGUAAUGGUUCUUUUUCAAACCAAACAAAGUAUUCAACUGGCCUUCAGGCACAGUUUGUAGCUGUUGAUGAUUUCAACGAUGACAAGCAUCUGGAUAUCGUCGUUACCAAUUCUGGAACCGAUUAUGUGAGCAUUCUUCUUGGAUAUGGUAAUGGCUCGUUUACAAAUCAAACCAGUUAUUUUACCGGCUUUAAACCAGCAUCUGUAUCUAUAGGCGAUGUCAAUAACGACAGUCGAUUGGACAUCAUCGUUGCUGUCGCCAGUAUAGAUAAUAAAUAUUUGAGUAUCCUUCUUGGAUAUGGUAAUGGCUCUUUCCAAAAUCAAACUAUAUAUUCUUUGGACUCUAUACCAGUGUUUAUAGCUGUUGGUGAUUUCAACGGCGACCACCGACUAGAUAUCAUUGUUCUUAAUGAGAAUAAUAAUUAUGUGAAUGUCUUUCUGGGGUAUGGUAACGGCUCUUUUUCAAAUCAAAUGAAGUUGUCAGCAGGCUCUAAACCAAUAUCUGUAGCUAGCGGCUAUUUCAACGACGACACCAAGCUUGAUAUUGUUGUCGUCAAUUCUGCUAGCAAUGAUGUUAGUGUUUUUCUGGGAUACAGUAAUAUAGGUUUUGUAAAAGAAGCUACAUUCAUAACUAGCAAUGAUUCUCGACUGCGUUCACUUGUCAUCGGUGAUUUUAAUAAUGAUGAUCGAAUGGAUAUCGGUGUUACCUAUUUGAGUUUACAAAAUAUUCAAAUUUUUCUCGGAUACGGUAAUUUUUCUUUCGUAAAUCAAGCAACAUAUACAACUAGUCUCUACGCAUCCCCAUCUUCUAUGGCUGUUGGUGAUUUCAAUAAUGAUAGCCGAUUGGAUGUUGUUCUCACAUAUUAUCUUUCUGAGAACAUUGGCAUUUUGCUCGGAUAUGGGAAUGGAUCUUUCACAAAUGAAACCACAUAUUCAACUGAUCAUGGUUCUUAUCCAUAUUAUGUAGCUGUUGCUGAUUUCAACAAUGAUAACAUGUUAGAUAUUAUUAUUGCUAAUCAAGGUUCUAACAAUGUAGGCAUUUUUCUUGGAUACGGCAAUGGCGAAUUCGCAAGUUUGAUUCCAUUUUCGAUAGGCGAUGGAUCCGAUCCAUUCUUCGUGGUUGUUGGUGAUUUUAACAAUGACAAAAGGUUAGAUUGUGCUGUAGCAAACGAUGGCACUAACAAUUUAAAUAUUCUUUUACAGACUUGUUAA